UUAAAAACAAUUUUCACCACAGUUCUCGCCUGCAGAUUCGGCGGGAUCUUUGGGAGCCGUCACCGAUCUUUUUCACUGUAACCUCCUACUUGCAUUGUUUUGUUAAGGGAUCACAAAUUAUCCCAUUUUCCGGCCAACUAUGAGCGAUAUAAUAUCACCGGCGGUGGAUUCCGAUUCGAAAUUGGGAUCAGAUCCAACCAGUCGAAUCGCCGAAGUGAAGGAGUGGUUGGGAUCCGAAUUCGGGAGGGCCGGCAAAGAAGUUCCCGAUUUCGAAUACACCCCUUUUAGCGUCUCUCAUUUGCACAAUCUCUACACGCUCUCGCAAGCAAAGACACGCACCGCCGAGAUUCUGGCCAAAGACUUCCGCCUCAAGGCCGCCGAGUACCGCGCCCAAGCGGCGAGGAUCAGAGAGAUUUUGGAGAGCGUGGGGAUGGCGCAGGAGAAUCUACCCUCCAAUGUGGUUUCAUCGGUGCAAGUUCUUGCGAGUGUGGCGAAUUUGUUGAACGUUAGGGAUACUGAGCUCAGUAGUUUUCUGGUUGCAAUGGGGGAUAUUUCUUUGAGGAAAAUAAGUGUUGAGGAGAAGAGGGCAAAGGUGGAGAAGGAUUCUAAGGUCCUACUUGAUCAUACUCGAAAGGCAAUAGCUAGAUUAACAUAUUUGAAGAGAACACUAGCACAACUAGAAGAUGAUGUAGCCCCAUGUGAAGCUCAAAUGGAUAACUGGAAGACAAAUUUAGCUGUAAUGGCUGCCAAGGAGAGGCAGUACAUGCAGCAAUGUGCCAACUACAAGGCAAUGCUUAAUCGUGUCGGUUACUCACCAGAUAUUAGCCAUGGGAUACUGGUUGAAAUGGCUGAACAUAGGAAAGAGUUAGAGAAGAAAACAAAGCCGAUGCUUGAUACUUUAAGGAGCUACCAAGAUCUCCCCCCUGAUAAAGCUUUGGCUGCUUUAGCGAUUGAGGACAAAAAAAGACAGUAUGCUGCAGCUGAAAAGUAUCUUGAAGAUGUUCUUCAUUCUGCACUCACCACGACACAGUAGCUUCUCUUCAUCGACAGUCUAACCUUAUCGGUAAAUUGUUGGUUUGUUUGUGUAUAUUAAUGUUAGUAGAAGAUAAUCAAGAGAUGCAUAGUCAAUAUUCAUGAUUAUGACUUUAGGAACCGAGUAUAUUUUCUAACAUUAUGACAUUAGGAGCUUUUGAGUUCCUUGUAAUGAAUAUAGCUUAUUUUUGUUAUUGAAAAUGAUACGUACGUAGGUUUGAAGAGCUUGGUUAACAA